GUGUUAUCUUGGUGAUUCUAACGGCGAAGUAUCUGCUUCGGUUGGGCAGAAGGAGACUAAUUUUGACAAAUUUACAUGGGCUGAGGACUCCACUUGGUUCACCAGAUCGAAAUGUAUAAACCUGCUCCCCCAAGGCCGAAGAAAACCAACAUCGUUCGGUCGCGAACAGGCUGCCAAAACUGCCGUGAAAGAAGAACCAAGUGCGAUGAACAAAAACCAGUUUGUGGGACAUGUGCUAGACUGGGCAAAAUAUGUCAGAGCACCCAACCAAACUUCAAGUUCCGGUCCAUGAACAAACCUUUGACAACACCUGAGAUGUCUCAAGAGUGUAUGCCCAGCAGGCAAAGGCUCGAAAGAGAGCAGAGCCUCAAGCAGUCCCACUGUAAUGUCCUUUCCGUCGGAAGUAUGGACCUUAUCAAGUCUUUACAACAUUCGGAAAGAGACAUAUUUUAUUCAACAAUCUGGGAGGAUUACUGUCUUCCAGCCAUGCACCCGAUGUUUCAAGUUCUUAGCGGACAUGUUAAUGAUCAUCCAAUACUUAGGGAUGCCACUCUAGCCCUGUCUUCCUGUAACUUCAGCCGCCUGCACCCCGAGAAAAAGGACUCGGCGGCCAGCCAUAUGGGAUUUUUCAGUCCAAAUCUUGUCCAUCAAACGAGAAGCCAGCUGUAUUAUUCCUCGGCAAUCCGAAGAUUCACUGCGUUAAGCGAAGCUGACUGUCGAGCAAACACCACAGUGGUAUUAACAGUAUUAACAGUCUUUGCCUAUAUCGAGUCCUCGAUGGGAAACUUUAGAGGCUUUUAUUGCCAUGAUCAGGGAAUGUCCAGCUUACUUUUAAGCCUUAAUACGAGUUCGAAAGAUCAGACUCUAAAAGGGCUGCUUGAAGCGUGGAUCCAAAUUCGGAUCGUGAUCUGGUGGGCUCGCGCUCACUUUUGCUCGCUGGAAGUACAGCAGCAUUUGCCCUCGGUCCUUUUACCUGGUGUAUUUGAAGAGGGGUUAAUUUCACUCCCAGGGCGAAGGGCCAAUGUUCUAAGUAUUAUGUGCGAGUCGCAUCGUCUGAACUUUCGAGCGCUCAUGGGGUUUUGGUAUUACCAGCAAAAUGAGCAUCUUUGGGAGGAAGGCGAAGAAUUCCAAACAACCUCUCUUCUGCUUGCCGGUCAAGCCGAGAGGUUAGACAGGUGGCUCGCGCAGCUUCAUCCCUCCGAUCUACCUAUAGAAGACGAGGCAUUGCAAGAUAUUUACAAAACAGAUCUUUGGCGUGCACCUAUCUAUUUUCAAUCACAUGAAGCGGCACUGAACUUUGCAUACUACGUAGUUGGACGGAUUAUGCAAUGUACAGGGCUCUUGGAAGGUUUGCGCACAAGGGACCCAUCGUACGUUGCACAAGCAUGCCACAAACAAGAGAAAUGGGCCUGGUUAUUACUUCGAAUCGUGAAGGGAGCCAACAUGCAGAGCUCGCUCAUGAUGAACAACUAUACUAUCGGGUUCUCCGGCCUGCUCCUAACCGCACUUCUUCGAUGCCAAAGUCAAUCUCUUGGGAUCGAAAUCCAAGGUUGGCUGCAGAGCCUUGUGGAUAUGAAACCAACGGAAGAGGGAGCCUUCCCCUUAUAUCAAACCCUGGGUGUUGUUAAAGCCAUCAACCGACAAAAGAUGAUGCACCGUGACGUAUUUGGCGUGACGCUACCAGUAGACGAUGAGGGAGGUACCCCAAAAUUCACUGCCUACAAUAGUCAGCCAAUUUCUACCCUAUUGCUUCAUGGGAUGUGUCGGACCUCGGGGGAUCUCUUCACUGAAUGUGUCCUGGCCGACAUAUGAGGCAUACGAUUUCUUUUCUUACAAACGGGGAUAUAUAUCCCCUAAGAAUUGGUUCCAGAACUACGAGAUAUCUGCUAAUAAUGGCUGAGUGUGGUUAGGUUCGGAAGGGAAUAGUCAAGGCCUGUAGGAGUACCCGCCAGCGUGCCCGUCUUUCCUUGCUAUGUACCCUAGCAUGGCACGAGGCUCAGCCUCAUCAAUUGCAACAGCAUCACCAUAAAGCUGGUUGUCUAGAGUCGUUGGCAGAAACCCGAAUCCGAUACCUUCCGGUUUAUCAUCCAUCGGAGUUGACCCCUAGACACGGUAUAUAUCUCGAGUAUCGCGCGUUGCCAUCGGGGUCCUAGUUUAAGGCUAACCUG